AAUACAAUACAUAAUUUCAGUCAACUACUUCACAUAUUAUGCCUUUAUACUUGAAUAUGACUGUCAGAAAGAAGUGUGACCUACUUUCACUUUAACAACCUGAUUACCUUUGGAAUCCACAACUGAUAACAUUUACAGAUCUGAAGCCAGAAGAACAAUGUUUACAGCAGCAGUUUGUACAGAGAUUAGCAAACCAUUGGAGAUUCAACAGAAGAAAGACCAUCAAUUAUCUCCUUAUGAUGAUGAGGUGUUGCUUUCUGUAAAAUACUGUGGUAUUAAUUUUGCUGAUAUUCUGGUGUGUCAAGGAAAAUAUCAGUCCAGUAUUCCAGUACCAUUUACUCCAGGAACUGAAGUGACUGGUAUUGUUGAAGAGGUUGGAAAAAAUGUAAAAACACUUAAGAAGGGAGAUAAAGUGAUUUCACUAAUUAUGAAUGGUGGAUUUUCUACUCAUUGCAUUUCACCAGCGAUGUUUACAUGGAAACUCCCAUCUUCAGUAGAUCUGAGAGCAGGUGCAGGUCUGAUAGUGAAUUAUGGUACAGCAUACUUGGCUCUAACCAGGAAAGCAAAUUUACAACAAGGAGAAUCUGUUUUAGUUACAGCAGCAGCUGGUGGAACUGGUUUAGCUGCAGUAGAAAUAGCCAGUAAAGUAUUCAAAUCAAAGCAUGUUAUAGCAGCCUGUGGAGGCCCAGAGAAGGGAAAUAUUGCCAAAUCUAAAGGUGCUACAGAUGUUAUAGACUAUAAACAGGAGAAGUUACGGAGCAGGAUUGGAGAAAUCACGGGUGGAGAUGGUGUAAAUGUUGUUUUUGAUCCUGUAGGUGGUGAUAUGUUCUUAGACUGUGUCAAAAGUCUGGCUAGAGAAGGGAGAAUUCUUACUAUUGGAUAUGCCUCAGGAAAAAUACCCAGUAUUCCUGCCAACCUUCUUCUUUUGAAAUCUGGAUCAGCCAUGGGUUUAUUUUGGGGUGAAUAUAGAAUUAUGAACACACCAGUGUUCAUGAAAUCAGUAGAAGAUGUUUUAGAACAGGCAAGACUAGGAAAUAUAACACCACAUGUUGGAAAAGAAUUUCCACUUAAUAAGAUUAAUGAGGCAUUCCAGUAUGUAAUGGGACGAGGAUCGACAGGAAAAGUUAUCAUAAGUAUGGACAGACAAGAUUCUAAUUUAUAACAUAUGUCAUCAGUAGGAAGAAAACAUUGUCAUUUAAUGUCCUUGAUGGCAAAUCUUCAGUCUAACACUGUAAACAGACUCUAUGCUAAAGCAUGCAUAUCCUUACAAAUGAAUAAUUAUUUUUUUAUAAAUAAAGAUAAGACCAAGAGUACUAAAAUUUUUAGCUAUUUACUUACCUGUAUGUGUUAGUUAUCUUCAAGUCUCUUCAUGCAAUUUAUCAUUUUUUUUUUUUUAUAUAAAAAUAACCUGGAAGAAAAUUGAAACUGGAGGAUCACUAGCUUUAUUCAAAGCUUUGUCAUUUAUUGGAAAAAAAACUUUUUUUUUAUGCUUUACAAAAUGAUGAGGAAUUUUAUUAAAAGUUAGCAGUUUGAGUAAAAACUGUACCAUCUUCAUUGCACAUUAUAAAAUGGCCUAAGUCAAUCGAUUAUCAAAGUCAUUAUUUUCUAAUUCUGUUUUUUAAAAAUGCCUUUGAAAGUAAGAGUGUUUGUAUUUUAUUGUAAAUGCAUUUAGGAAGACUGGCUUUCAGACUGUUAUAAAUCAUAGUUUGCUGUUGUAUAGAUCUAGCUUGCAUGUCAGAAUGUAGAUAGUUAAUGUUCAAUCGAAUUGAGUGAAAUAUGAAUGAUAAUGCAUUGUUAUUAAUUAAUAUAUAUAUUAUACACAGAAAUAUUUUUUACAAUUUGUUGAUUUUUUAUGAUUAUCAUUAAAAUUUAUAUAUA